UGUGCGUCUUUAGAGCCUAUUCCCUUUUCUCUCUCCAGUCUAUCGCCCCAUUCCUUGCUCCUCCCCUGGCUUUUAUACUAUUUCGCGGGAAUCUUUUUAAAUUCCGUAUCCCACCUCUAAAAAAAAUAUUUGGCUUAUCGGAAAUGAUGAUGUCAAGGCAAUAUCCCAUCUGAAAUGCCAUCCAGUGUGUCUCCGGACGCCUGAAACCGCACAUAGAUUUGGUAAAAGCAAUUUUCUGUAUAUUUCCUCUAGUAUUGGUCAAGUUAGUGGGUGUGUAUUCUUGCACAGGGGGUGUGUGUCUGAGAGAGAGAGAGAGGGAGAGGUGAGGGAGGGUGUGUAGCCCACGGUGAUAUAUACGCGGACACAGUCCUGUGGUCACUGGUCUUAACCAAUGAUUGAUUGGUCUUAACCUGAGAAUCAAUAGUUGAUCAACAGUCUGCUUUCAACGUGCAGCUCCACGGGGAACUGUCACAGGAUGUUGCAAGAGGGACUCUCCCAUUGAAUUCACUGCUGGAGAACAGUCAUGAUGAUGGUGUCAGGGGCAGGGUGGAUUCUCUUCUGCCUCUUUCUAAUGGGGGAGAGAACAGCAAUUGACGGUGGGGAGGUGCAGUGCUCUCUGUCUCCAGCGGGGGCACUCCACCCUGUGUGGGGGCUGUUGGAGCGUUUUGAGGCCGGCCCGGGCUGUGCAGCCAGAGAGAGCGGGGAGAAAGAGACCCAUGUGAUCGCUGUGGGGAGAGCGACACGUAGCCCUGACAAACAGGUGACUGUGCUCCUGAGGCCCCUGUCUCUGUCUCGCCCCCCCCGUCAAACUCUCAUCCUGGUACUGAGCUCCAAGCAGCCUGUGCGCUGGUGGUUGGAGGCCGAGAGACUACCCCCGGAUCUGCCUGUGCUGGUGCAGGUCUCUCCUAACUCUACAGUGCAGCCCUACAGUCUGGCAGUGCGGGUGCAGCCAGUGCCCUCUCUGCCUUUCCGCCCGCGGGCUCUGCUGCACUGGGCACUGCAUCGCCAUGGCUCCCUGUCCUCCCUCACACACACAGCCAGUGCCAACCGUGUCUACGUCCGCGUGGGAGAGGAUACCACCAUGCCCAGCGUGUGCCAACUGCAGUCUCUGUUCCUGUCACACAACUACCUGACCUCUGACCUGCAGCCACAGGAAGUACAGGGCUGUGCUCCAGUUGGCGGAGGCGACCCAGAAGUACAUGUCAUCAAGCUGCAUUCAGCAGGGUCAGAGCUUUGUGGCUCUCUGCAGGUGGAGGUGACUGUCUCUCUGGUGCCCCCGGUGGCCAAUGCUGGGUGGCACAAGCUGGUGCUGAUCCUCAGUAGUGCCGUUCCAGUCAACUGGGCUCUCACAGUCCCAGGGCUCCGGGGACACAUCUCUGUCUAUUCCUCCAACAGUGUGUCCCCACUCUACCCUCCGGAGCCUGACCUGACACUGACUAGCAUGCUCACCUCUGACCUCUCUACCACCCAUGACCUUUUGAGCUGGGCCAAUCAGAGUGGCUUCCCCAAAGUGGCCUCAUACACAGAGGCUGACCUAGCCAAUCGCUUUGUGAUCAGACUGGCUGGGGGUGGGACAGAAGGUGGCCCCCCUGUGCGUAUGCUGGGCGGCAGGCCCCCGUGGGUCCAGGAGCGCAGGCUGAGACAGUGGCUGAGUGGGGGAGGAGGAAUGGCCAGUGGGGGCUGGGACGCCGUCAGUGUGCAGUGUCAUGACGGACGACUCAAUGUGGCCGUGGACAGACACAUUCUGCAGACCCUGUCUCUCCCGGUGUCGGAGGUGACGCUGCAGGAUCCUCAGUGCCUGGCCCAGUCCAACAGCAGCCAUUUCCUGUUGGCAUUCCCGGUCAUUUCCUGUGGGACUGAGGGGCUGCUGCAGGGAGAGCCCAGAGGGGUGCAGUACAAAAAUGCGGUGUUGCUAUGGAGAAACAAGCCUCUGGUUGCCGUGGGCAAUGAGACAGACAAGGAUCCCACAGAGUGGACUCCACUGGUCAUACAUUUCAGCUGUUUGGCUGCAGUCCCCAGCGCCCCCAGCCUUCCUGUGGAGCAGCCCACUCCACAGGGGCCGGGGCCUCUCCCCAGGGCCAGGGCCGGCCCACUGGUCUCACUGCAGCUGUUUGUUACAGAGGGCUAUGAGCAGAGGCAGACCGGUCCUUGUGCCAUCACUGCGUACAACCAUGUCUAUGUGGAGCUUUCAGCCAAGGGGGCCAUCGGUGGGGGUGUGGAUGUGCGGUCCUGUGUAGUGUCUCCUCUAUCAGACCCCCGCGUGUCCCCUGGCUGGUCAGUCAUUAGAGACGGCUGCUCCACUGACACCUCACUGACACUCAGCAAAAUGACACAUGACCAAGAGGAGGAUGCUGAGGAAUAUUAUGAAGAGGAAGAGGAGAUACCUAGAGGCCUGUCGUUCAGGCAUCCAGGAAGGGCUUGGAGGAACAAAGCAGGAUUGACAACAGGACUGAGACAAAGAGAACACGGUGGGAAGAGGGGAAGAGGAGGACGAGCCAAAAGGAAGGAGAGCGAUGGAGGAAUGGGAGGAGAGGAGGACCAGAUAAACAGACUGAGGUUCAGUUUUGUCCUUCGGCCCAUCUACAACAACUCUGUCCAGUUCCUGCACUGUAGCAUCCGUCUGUGUGGCCCUGAGUCAGUGACCCAGGGGCCUCCAACGGCCAUGACACAGAGUGGCUGUCCGAAUCCCUGGGGCCUCCGUAUCCCUGCCCUCGUAUCUAAACUACCCAGCCAACAGUGUGAGUACAGAAACCUCUCCAGACCCAUGCUGGUCAAUCAGCCCGUUGGUGUGGCCAGACAGCUGGCGCCACCUGCUGGUCAGAGAGGUCAAAUGCCCAGUGUGGCUCAACUGCCCAAGCCUAUCCCAGCCCACAGCAGCUCUGGGGUAGAGACAGGCUCAGUGUUGGGGAUUGUGUUUGUUGCUUUCCUUAUGGGCAUCAGCCUGAUGGGGGCGCUGUGGUGCAUCUACUCUCACACAGAAGCUCCUCCACCAACCAGAAGAGGGAGCCUGCUCGAGAAUACUAACCCUGCCUUAUUAGACUCUUCCAACAGCUCUGUGUAGAGGGAUUUCUCUGGUAAAUCUGAGUCCGAGGGUAAAGUGGGACAGAAGAUUAAACAUCUGGUGUGUGUAUGUGAGUGUGUCAGACCUGGGUUCAAAUACAUGCGUAUUUAAGUAUUUGUUAUUUAAAUACUUAUUUUCUGUGUAUUUUAGUAUUUUCGAAUAAUGUGGCCAAAUCAGCUAUUUCUAUUUGAAGUAUUUGAAAUUAUUUUCAGAUAACUUCCUAUAAAUAGCCGAAAAUGUUUUCAAAAACUUAUUUCAAAAUACAUUCUUUCAAAAACCCCUAGGACCAAACAGACCUGGGUUCAAAUGCAUGCAGUAUUUGAACAUUUGCAUUUCCAAAUACAUUCCAAUAUUUAACUACUAAAAAAUAUCCAAAUACUUACUUCGAAAUGUCUUUGAAAGUAAUUGAAAUACCCUAAAUAGUUUUUGAACCCAGGUCUGGUGUGCGUAUAGAAAACAUUGAGAACUCCUGCUCUUUCCAUGACAUAGACUUACCAAGUGAAUCCAGGUAAAAGCUAUGAUCCCUUAUUGAUGUCACUU